AUGGGUCUUCUCAAGCAGCUCCUUUACUUCUCAGUCCAUCCGCAGCAGCUGCGGUCAAUAAUACAAUGGAAAGUCUGGCACGACCCUGUCCACACGCGGAACCCUGCGAAGGAGUCGCCAACGCUCAAGCAAUGUUUCCAUUAUCUCGAGUUAACCAGCCGGAGUUUUAGCUCUGUUAUACAAGAGCUCAAUCCCGAGUUGUUGGUCCCCGUUGCGCUAUUCUAUCUGAUCCUGCGCGGGCUCGACACGAUCGAAGAUGACAUGACCCUGUCGCUGGAGAAGAAGGAACCGCUCCUGAGAAAUUUCCAGGAUAUCAUCGAACAAGAGGGCUGGACGUUCGAUGAGAAUGGACCAGGCGAGAAGGAUCGGGAGUUGCUCGUCCACUUCGACUGCGUGGUCGCAGAGUUCAUCCAGGUGAAGCCUGAAUACAGGGCGAUCAUCAAGGAUAUUACCCAACAGAUGGGCAAUGGGAUGGCCGAUUAUGCAAACAAUGCCGAGCAUAAUAUCAAUGGUGUAAACACUAUUGCAGAUUACGAGUUAUACUGUCACUAUGUUGCAGGUUUGGUGGGAGAAGGUUUGACGAGGCUGUUCGUGGAGAGUAAACUUGCCAACCCAGCCCUGCUCAGGCGGCCAGAAUUGGCGGAGUCGAUGGGCCAAUUUUUACAGAAGACGAACAUUAUUCGCGAUAUCCGAGAGGACUUUGACGAUAAGAGGCGCUUCUGGCCGAAGGAGAUCUGGUCCAAGCACGUUGAUAGGUUUGACGACUUGUUCGACCCUAAGAAUAUCCAAGCCGCAUUGGCCUGCAGCUCCGAGAUGGUCCUCAACUCUCUUCGGCACGCAGAGGAAUGUCUAUUCUACAUGGCCGGCAUCAAAGACCAAUCGGUCUUUAACUUUGUAGCUAUUCCACAAUCAAUGGCGAUCGCGACACUAGAGCUCGUCUUUCAAAACCCAGAUGUCUUCAAGAAGAACGUCAAGAUCACCAAAGGAGAUGCUUGCAAGUUAAUGAUGGAGUCGUCGCAAAACCUGCGGACGGUGUGCGAUAUCUUCAAACGAUAUGCCCAGAGGAUACACAAGAAAAACAACCCGAAAGAUCCAAACUUUCUCCAAAUCAGCAUUGCCUGUGGAAAGGUUGAGCAAUUUAUCGAGUCCAUCUUUCCCACACAAGAUCCCAAGGCUCUAUCUUUGGUCCAUGGCGCUGCUAAGGAUACGAAGAAGGAGGCAGAAGACCAGGAGUCGAAGGGCGAUAUGUUCUGGCUCCUAUUUGUCGCCCUCGGCACACUUGUGGUUAUAUCGACCUUGAUGAUCGGGGCCGCAUGGCUGAUGGGAGCGCGAUUCGACAAAGCCUUUUCUGAGCUAUCGAAAGGCAGUUUCUUCCUCAAAGACAGUGAGCCUUCGCAGGCGAUUGUUCACACACCUGAGCAUGGGGAGCUAUGA